CUAUCAAACUUUGAUUCCAAUUAUCUCAAACUUAGUUUAAGGUAUAUUAUUAUUAUUAUUAUUAUUACAUUCAUUCAGCCAAAACGGGUCUCCCUCUUUGGUUGCUUGGAUUGGGUCCGGACCUCUUGUGGGCCGACAUGAACCGCCUCCUCUCAUUCCUCUUCCAUCGGGGAGUGUUGGAUGAGCAAUUCUUGCAGCUCCAGCAGCUACAGGAUGAAACCUCACCAAACUUUGUCUCUGAAGUUGUCAACAUAUAUUUCCACGAAUCCGAGAAGCUUCUAAGGAAUCUAAGAGCAUUGUUGAUGGAGAGGGAAUUAAUGGACUAUAAGAAAAUGGGGAUUGAUUUGAAUCAGUUAAUGGGAAGUAGCUCAAGCAUUGGUGCAAAGAGAGUAACUAAUGUUUGUGUUGCAUUUCGUGUCGCUACUGAACAGAACAACCGUGUUGGGUGCUUCAGAGCAUUGGAAAUGUUGGAACAUGAAUACUGCUAUCUCAAGAACAAAUUGCACGAACUAUUCCAAAUUGAACAGCAACGUGAUUUGGCAGCUGGAGUGAGGUAUCCAGUGCAGAAUUAAUGAAUGAAUAAAGCAAACUUAAAGAAAUGGUGAUUAGAUAUUGUGUUAGGAAAUUAUUUUCUUUUCUACUUUGCAUGUUAAUUUUUUCUAUAGUUUUGUAAGG